AUGAUUGAACUUGUCUUUGUCUGGAUUUCAAAGUACCAGAACUGAAUUUGCUGCUAAUCUCAUCUCUUCCUCAGGGAUAAUCGGGAGGUCAUUGGAGUUGAAGAUGUCCGGAGAAGAAGAAGUGGUGGAGGAGAUGGUGGAGGAAGAGGAAGAAGCCCAGCAGGAGGAAGUUGUGGAAGUUGAAGUAGAAGAAGCUGCACCUGGUGUAGAAGAGCCUGCAGAAGAAGAGCCUGCAGAAGAAGAGCCUGGAGAAGAAGAGGCUCCAGCUGCAGGUGAAGAUGAAUCCAAACCCAAACCAAAGUUAGUGGCUCCAGUGUUGACUGUGCCCAAGAUCCCAGAGGGAGGAGAGAAAGUCGACUUUGAUGACAUCCACAGGAAGCGUCUUGAGAAGGAUCUGACGGAGCUGCAGUCUCUGAUCGAGGCCCACUUCAUCCAGAGGAAGAACGACGAGGCCGAGCUCCUCGCUCUCGUCAACAGGAUCGAGAAGCGUCGCACAGAGAGGGCUGAGCAGAAGAGGGUCCGGGACGAGCUGGAGAAGGACAGGCAGAUUCGUAUUGCUGAGGAAAAGGAGAGGAAGGAACUGGAAGACGCGCGUAAGAAGCAUGAUGGAGACGCCAAGAAGAAGAAGGCUCUGACCAACAUGACUCACCAGUAUGCUGGUGUCCAACAGAGGGAUGGAAAGAAGGGAGCGAAGAAGCAGACGGAGAGAGAGAAGAAGAAGAAGAUCCUGGCAGACAGGAGGAAGCCUCUCUCCAUCGACCAUCUCAACGACGAGAAAGUCAAGGAGAAGGCCAAUGAGAUGUGGCAGUGGCUGUUCACUCUGGAGUCAGAGAAGUUUGACCUGAGCGAGAAACUGAAGAAACAGAAAUAUGACGUCAAUCUGCUCCAGCAUCGCGUCCAGGACAGUCAGAGCGCCAAAGGAAGAGGAAAGGGGGGCAAGGGCCGGCUGAGGUAGACGCAAACACCAGCAGCUCUCCAAGGAAGCGUCGGAAAAUAAGCAGCAGUAUUCACUUUGAUGACAAUGAUGUACGCUUAAACAAAGAAUGUGUGCUUUUGAGCUUAACAGUUAACUAUCUUACCAAUCCCCACACUUGUCAGUUAAAUAAAGCAAUUUAAACAAAAUCUUU